AUGAAUACUUUUAUUGUCAAUUCUAGAGAAACAUGUGAAAAUUUAUUGCAAGUUACUAUUUGUGAUAAAUUUCUCAAUAAUCAACCCUGUAUAUGGAAAGGCAAAGUUUGUGUCUUAACUUCCUCAUCCAUUACCGCUCGCACAGAUUGUUAAAACUACCUCUCCAUUUGUACUCUAACCAACCCAGGGUCAGGAUAUGUUGUACUUCCUUUAAAAUGUGAAACCAUUACAAUAGAAGCAGCUUGUCAGAUUAAAAUGAAUGGAUAACUUUGUUGA